CCGCACCCACAUCACGUGAUUGAAAAAUUGAACCACAAAUUUUACCGUUGAAAUAGCUGGCCGACACAAACAGUUGCCGAUGUCCCGAUAACCACCUGCCACACCAUGUUGAGGACAUCGUUUAAUUUUCUCAGAGCUCCGGCCCGCUUCUCGCGCACCUUAAUGUCGCUCAGCCUCGAAGAGCAGAUGGCACGCGACACCGUCAAAGCGCCGUUGUCCAGAAAGACCUACCUCUCGGACAUCUAUACGCACCUUUUGAAGAACAACGAGACGGUUUUGUUCUGCCACCACAAUAACUUGCACAAAAAUGAUGAGGCCAAUUUCAGACACCAGAUUAAGGAGGCCGGUGCCCAGCUCACUAUCGUCAAAAGCAAGAUCUUCAGCGCCAUCUUGAGAUCCGAGCAGGAAGCCGACCCAACCUCCAAGGCGUCCUACGAUAAAAACAGAGACGUUGUCCACCCGUUGCACCCAUUGUUGAAUGGGCCGUCUGCUGUCAUUACCGUUAGGGACUGCAACCCCGAAGUUGUCAGCAAGGUGUUGAAGGUGUUGAAGGUGGCUAACGAAAGAUUGUUCUUGGUUGGAGCCAGGAUUGAGAGUAAUACCUACGACUCUAGCGACGUCCAGAAGUUCAAGGAUAUGCCAUCUAAGGCUGCCUUACAGGCCCAGUUGGCUGGAAUGUUGACCGUGCUCGGGGGUGCCGGCUUGGUCAGAACCUUGGAGGCGGCGCCACAGAUGUUGUACCUCACCGUUGAUGCGCACCGCAAGGUUAUUGACCCGGCAGAGGUCGAAGAGUCUGUUUAGGGAACAGAAUGCUGUAUAUAGUUUGAAAUAAGAAAGAAAAGUGAUUAGACGGACAUAGCGAGCCUGAUCGGUUAAUGUAACCGUGAUAAGAAUGGGGAUUAGUGUAAUAAUUGGCAUAA